GAAGACUGUUCCGUAUGGUCUUGGAGGCCCUUCUCGAUCCAGAAGAUCGCUGAAGAACGUGGUGCCAGAGGUGCUCCCUGAACCUAGCACCAGAUGCCAAUGUGCCAACCAGGACGACAAGAAAUGUCUGAACUUCUGCCAGACAGGAAAAGAUCUCUGGGCUCAGUCCACAGUGGAGAAAACCUCACGUCACCGCAACAAAGCUGGCAAUUGCAUUGGACCCAAAUGCAUGAACCGACAGUUUGUUGACAGCAAGAAAACGAAGCGGCUGGAAGCCAUUGGUAACAGUAUCAAAGCUUCCUUCAGUAUUGCAAAGCUGAAGGCUGAGCUCCAGAAAGGGUGGAAGCUGAAACAUAACAGGGCGAACAAAAGGCAAAGCAUCUGGGAAAGCCUGAAAGCAUCCUAG